UUUUUUUUUCCUCCUCCGGUUGGAACGAGUGCGCAUGCGUCAGAAGUUGCUGCCGCAGACAGCAGCAGCCAGUGAUUUGGCAUCAACAGAAAAAUACGUAGUAAAUUAAUGAACUCUAAUGAUGUUUUAAGGCAUGUCUUUUUCCCAGGUUCAUGGAGAUGUGAGGAGGAGCGAAUGUCCCAUGUUGCAGUAGUGCCUCUGUGAAAUGCUGGCCUGUCUGCCAGGACCAGGUGAACUAUCCUUCCCGCUUCAUUCUCACUCGCAGAUGAACACUGGACUUCAGAAAUGGGACACUACACAGAAGAUGAGAUCUGCACAAUAUCCAACCCCAGCAGAAUUGGAUGCUUAUGCUAAGAAAGUUGCCAACAAUCCACUGACUAUAAAAAUCUUCCCAAACAGCGUCAAAGUACCCCAGAGGAAACACAUUCGCCGGACUGUGAACGGACUAGACACUUCUGGCCAGCGAUACAGUCCUUACCCAUCUCAGGCUAGCACUAAAGCAGGGUUGCUUGCCAUCGUGAAGGUUCCCAUAAAAGGGAUCAUCAAAGACUUUGACGGCAGCCGCACACGCUUGUUACCCGAAGUCAUCAUGAACCCCCCCAGCGGGCCCUACAUGACACCGAGCACUUUAAACCUCCCUCAGACUCAUCCCCACCCACAGGCACUAAUGCGCCCCCAAAUCCUAACGCAGCAACAGAGUUUGCAGCACCAACAGACUUUGCAGCUGCAGCAGCAGCAGCAGCAGCAGCAACAGCAGCAGCAAUCCCAAGGCUUGCGACACCCCCAGACUAUGUCUCAGCCUCCGAAUUUACAACACCCACAGCAGGGCUUGCCCCAAGCUCAGACACUAACCCAUCCACAGCAAAAUCUCCCCCACCCCCACUCCCACACCCAGAAUAUGGGCCACGCCCCUCCAAAUGUGUUACUGCAGCAGCCACCGCUGGGAUUACAUGGGAACAGGAAGAUGCCGGAUGCCGAUGCACCACCUAACGUCACCGUGUCUACCUCAACCAUUCCGCUCUCCAUGGCUGCCAGCCUGCACCAAAACCGAGCGGCCGACCUGAGCAGCAUCGUGCACCAGAUCAACCAGUUCUGCCAGGCCCGGGCUGGCCUCGGCUCUACCUCGGUCUGUGAGGGACAGAUAGCGAACCCCAGCCCCAUCAGCAGGAACCUGCUGAUCCAUGCCAGCUCCCGGGUGUCCACCCACCACAUGCCCACCCCCAUGCCAUCCUGUAUCAUCAACUCCGUUGACCAGGCGGCGACCGCCGCCGCUGCUGCUACAGCCACCGCUGUCCCUCCCACUGCCAUGGCUGCCAUGAACAGAGUGCCCGCCGGCUACCAGAACGACAUGAAGCAGCGCUCCUGGAACCAACACCUGCUGCCCCACCUGCAGCAGAUGUCUGAAAAUGGGCUGGGGCAGCACCCCGGCAAGCACCACCCGAGGGAUCUCCCAGGGGGAUUUCCCUGCAAGACCCUCGGCUACCCCCAAGAGCUGUGUUUGGGCCAGCCCUUUAGCUUGAAACCCCCGGUGGACAAGCCCACGCCUUCCCCACCAGUCAAUGGCAUGCCUGGCGCCAUGCCCUACACGAACGGGCACUACUUUCAACCUGUCUGGAAUAACAUUCUGCCAACGCCAAAUAGUGACAGCUCCGGGUCUCUGGACCUGGCUAUGCCAUUCCAUGGAGGCCCCUCUGGGCCUUCGAUAGACUGCGUCCCGGGGACUCAUUACAGAGCUGGAGCAGGUUCCUCCAACCAGUCUAAUGUGAUGCAGACCAUGGAUUACCUGGGCGGGGACUACCAGCAGCCUUGCUUUAGGGAUCAAAAUCUAGGGAUGAUGGGCAAAAUGCAUAGGCCUCCAAUGAGUAGGGCCCCAGAACCAACUGAUAAUAGAAAUACUCAUCAUCAACAUCCAGGGUACAGAUAAGCUACAGCCAUGUCUACACAAUCUCAAUCUGUUUUGGUCUUAAAAGUUUAUAAUUAGUAGCGUUGUUUUUGUUGUCGAACUUGCAUGUGAUCAAUAUUGCAUUUGCUGAACAGCAGACUGUGAUCUUGGGUGUUUUGUACUGUGCUGUUUGUCAAAAGAUAUGUGGGCAUUUUGUUUUGCGUUCUCCCUGCUCCCCUUGACAAACUAAGGGCAAUAGGUGCUUUUAUAGAACUUGCUUUGCAUUUAUCUUUUAAAUCUGCUUUUACUUGGUUGUAAUAGUGUAAGCAUCCUUGUUUUGAUUUUUAUUUGUUGGUAUGUUGUCAUUUAAUAUUUCCAGUGCUUUCACCAGCUGAGCAGCAACUUCUCUUUGCGGUAUCACCUUGCUAACCUUUUAAUUGUGUUCCCACUCCUGAAUAUACUGAAUACUACUUAUAGAUUAUCUUGUAACUGCACUAUUUUUAAAUAUUUUAUGUUAAAAUUCUUUACUGUUUGUUUUUUUUAAACUCUUGCACUAGUGUAAGAACAUAAUGUUAGUGAUUGUAGUACUACACGUGUGUGUGUAAACACACACACACACACAUACGGACUAGGGCUAAUAGAUUCUGUUUAAUUUAUUAAACGUUUUAACUUUUAAAAAUAAAUAUGGCUUCUGAUUUUUCUGUUUUACCCACACUUUUCUCAGCUGAUAUCUGUUAAGCCAUUUGUGUAUCUCAAUCACAACUGAGAAACGCAUUGAUAGUAAAAUUGAUUUAACAGGUAUCGGUUGAAUUCUUAAUUGAGAAAAGAAGUUGGGGGGGAAAACACCAAAAAUCAUAAGCCCUAUAUAUAAAUAAAUGUAUGAAAACAGUGAAGCAAUGUGACAAAAUACUAGCAUCGAGGGUACGAUAAUGGUCUGUUUUGACUAGAGGGCGAGCAUGAAUUGCAUUAUUUAAAGAAAAGUUAUGCAGUCUUCAAACACUGCUAAAAUCUGUAAUCCUAUCCUGCUUACUGUAUACAAGAGACAAUAACUAGUUAUGUUCACACCAAACUGACUAUUCCAAUUACAGUAUCACGCUAAUUCAAAGAAAGACUCUUUGACAUUUGCAGAAUCCAAUAUUCUGAUAUAUAUAUAUAUAUAUAUAUAUAUAUAUAUAUAUAUAUAUAUAUAUAUAUAUAUAUAUAUAUAUAAAAAAAAUCAUUUUACUAAUAACAAUAGUUUGUACUUGUCUGACUGGCCGCAGUAGGAAAAAAAAGAAGACCAAAAAAUAAACCUAAAAUGUAAGCAAUCUUCUCUUGCAUGCAAGUUGUGAUGAUCUCAAUAAUUAACCGUGUUCUGUUUUCAACCCGAGUUUGAUCUAAUUUCCUGCACUACUAGCAUACACUUGCAUUGUUGUUUGUCUGGGCGCCACAUCCUCUGUGCUAGAUCCAGCACCAGUAGUAGAAGUAGAUAUCGUAUGUACAGGAAGCUUUAUUAUCAUGUGCUUUAACAUUGUUCCCGUACUGCCGCUGAAACUAAGUUUUGCACAGCUUACAUUAUCGAAAUAUGCCCAGACAGGGCUUCGCUUACUGAGAGCUCUCAAAGAUGACUGCUAGUCACGUGAGCAAAAGCAUGCUGGACAUUGGGAGGUGAAUAUCCAGUGGCAAGGAUGCUACGUGACAAAGGGAGAAAGUAGACCACAAAAAAAACUGAGUAGCUGUUAUUUACAGACACCCUGUUAAUAUUUGACCUGCACAUUUUACAACGUUUUUAAACGAUCAAGCUAAAUUAAAAUUGUUGGACUCUUUACUACCGUUUAAACACUGAACUGUUAACACCUCUAAUAUGGACACGCUGUAUGACCCCUGUGACAUGGAUGUUUAAGAACCUAAUCUGCUCAUGAGCUAGUCUUUAAUGGAGAGUGGAACCCACCCUUUUUAUUUAAUAUAAAAUUGGGAAGUGGGUCUAUUUAACAAGUGUCUAAUUCUGUAUAGCUCUUAGAAUCUCAGCUUUGUCAGUCAUUGAAACCUCUUAAGUGAUGUGUAGGUAAUAGAAGCUUAAAUGCUGACGUUUUAUUUGCCUAUGGAAGGCUGGGAUAAUGCAAGCACAACUACUUGCAUUCAUUAGAUUCCAUUAAGUCUUGCUGACCUCCAAACAAAUGGCCACCAGUCAAGUAAAUGCAUGAUUGUUCAUUUCCCAUUUAGAGACCUAAUGGAGGAAAGUAAACUCUGAAGAUGAGAACAAUUGAAGGUAAUAAAUGGAAUUACUGGCAUUUUCUAGUCCAUUAGACAGAGCUGCUUGUACAACUACUGCUACUACUUGAAUCACAAACUCUCACAGAGGGAUAGGGGAAAACACUACUAAUACCAUUACAAUUCUUCCAAGCUUUUUGAAUGUUUACGAAGUCUCUUUAUUUUAUUCAUGUAUCCUUGCCCUUGAUACAAAUGAAGGGUUUAUUGUUAUCUGUGAAAUGUGUUGAUCACAUGCAGGUUUGGGGGUAAAAACAGCAACAUGCAUUGUUUAUUUUAUUGUACACUGGCUUAAAAACUAUACUACUGUAACUUAAGUGUAAUAAUUCUGUAUGAAUGUUGCCUGUUGGUGUGGGUUUGAGUAACGUUGUGUAUGAGUGGACCCACUGGCACCUGCAGUCCAUAUGCCUCUGUCACAGCCCUUAAAAAAAGCCUUAAGUAUUUGCUCCUCGAACUUUCCUUAAACGAGCAUGGUAUAAAAGGAACAAGCGUUUUUUUGGGGUUUUUUUGUGAAGCUAGAGUUGGAUAGAAAUGAUUUAGUUUCUUUAAAUGAAAAAGACUAAAGUAAUAUUUUAUUGUAAUUUAAGUUUUGAUAGAUAUGUGUAGUACUGGGCUGUAACAAAUAUCUUUUCAGGUUUCAAAGCUUCAUUUUUGCAUUUUGUGACUAUUUAUAUUACUUGAUUUGCUUAUUUAAAUUGAUUUUUUUUUGUUUGUUUUUUUGCUAUUGCUGUCUGUCAGGAGAUCCUUUUUAAAAUAGGGACUUACCUGCUGCAGCAGCAUUGGGCAAAAGCCUGUGGCUAUGUCAACAAAGAUGAGAGCGUGAGAUUUGUGCUAAUCUUUUGUAAUAUUGUAAUAAUAAAAUAAAGUUCUAAUUUAUGCUUUGAAGGCAGUGCCAUACAGAUGUCCUAUUUAUGCAUAUGUUAUCUCCUUUAAAAUCUAUUUUAUAUGCAAGCCUGCAGAGAUGAUUCUAAAGCACUAUGUAACAGUAUAGAAAAGUGUUAACUAUCUGGAGAAAAUUUAACAGGGGUUGUGUUUUAAAUAAUUUUACUAGUUGACUAAAAACUGUUAUGUACAUGUUUGCCAUUUGAAAGCUUUGAAGCAUGUGUGUGUUUUUUUUUCUUUUUCUUUUUAAUAUAUAAAGGUUUGUUACAGCCUGAAACAAUAGUUAGACUGACACCUACUUGUUUUCUGCUUAUGAUGUGAAAGAAGUGCCUCCGCUGGACUGAAAACCAUUGUUUGAAAAAGAAAAAAAGAAAAAACUGCUGCAAAGUCCACUGUGGAGGGAGAAAAAUACUUAACUGCUGCUGCUGUGUUUAUUAAACAGAAUUACAGUUAAUAGUAUAUAGCUGCUUCUGAUGUGCUACGGGUAAAUUUUAUUUGUCUGCAGGAGAAAGAAAUAAACCAGUGACGCAGAUUCAUGCGCUGGCAGUUUUUGUAAAAAAAAAAAAAAAAAACAUAAAAAGAAAUAAAACUAACAAUAGACUGCAAAGUUAAUAGCCUUGUUCCAUUGGGGAAGUGGGCCAUUUGCAAACCCUGAAGUGCCCUCGAGCACUUGGCUUGUAAGAGGAGGGAGGGGGUGGGUGGGGUUCAGUGGUCUGUGUAUCUAAGCACAUUCUUUUUAUGUUGUUCUUGAGGUUGUGGAGCUGAUGUAUAUUCAGGUAUGUUGAGAGAGCAUCCACAGACAUGUCCAGGGCAUCAGAAGGUGCUAAUUCUGUUCUGCCAAAUCAAGACUAUUAAAUGAAAUGUUUUCUUCAUACAA